AUGGACAUCGACACAGACAAUGGCCAGUCCGGCCGCUUGGUCGAUGCGCUCGAGCAUCUGGAAGCUGUCGCUUUUGUACCCCUCAAGCAACGGUAUACUGAUGCUAGCCAGCUGGCCAAGACAAUUGCAUCGGACGCGUAUGGGAACGGCAUUCCACAAGUUGCGCUGGGCCGCCUGCUGAAGAUCCUCACGGCAAAAAACCACCUUGACCAGGGAACCAUCACAACUCUGGUCAAGAAUUUGUACCCGCAAGUGCGAAUUGCCUCCAAGCAUGUCACGCAGGUUGUCUGUGGUCUGGGGCCAAGCAAAUCCAAACCAAGCCCCGCGACGCAGGCCUUGCUUGUUCGCUGGCUGAUCAUGGCAUAUGACAUCCUCGAAGACCGCACGCACCUUGGCAAGCUGUAUGCCGUGCUGUUCAAUCAUUUGGACAUGAUUAGCUUGCGCAAGCCGCUAUGCCACCUGCUUUCCAUGGUUACCCGACGGAAGCAUGUGAAGUCUUUUCGCAUUCAGGCUCUGAUGGAGCUGAUUCGGCAUGCGGGCGGAGAGGAGAAAGAACUGAUGAGCUUGCUGAAGAUUUUUAAGAACUACUAUCCGGAAAUUAUCAUCGGAGAUCUCGGUGGCUCGCGAAGAACGGCUCUGUUCUUCAAGCACCCUGACCCUGAAUGGUCGAGCCAUGCGAAACUUUUGCAGGACCAGAAUAUGGAGAGGACCCAAGCGACGCAACAAUCUAGUUACCAAGUUGUGCAUCGGGGUAUGGCGAAGCGUAGCAGAAUUGAAGUGGUCAUCCCGAUUUUACAGACCUCAAGAGUGUCAAACAAGCACACGUCUCUCGAGGAGAUUCGUGACAUCGAGCAUUUUGUCGAUAAGCUUGACACAAUUGAGCUGCCGAACCAGAUUAUCUCGACCCUGGGUGAUGCGAUGGCCCAGAAAUAUCUUCAUCUGGUUCAGUCUGAAGUCGCGAACGACCGUCUUGAUGAGUGGCUGAAAGGCUUCUUGCAGGAUAAGCUGGGGCAGAUUCACGAAUAUGACGAGGACGAGCCGGAAAUGCUGUCUUACGUCCUAAGUUAUCUUGACGGGUACACGUCUUUUACCAAGGCUCUUCUACCAUCCGUUCGCGCUUUCCUGGAGUCGUACCUUUCGGUCUGGAAUGGCCGGGAUAAUCGCGAUCAAGUCCUGCGACUACUCCAGUAUCUUCCGAUUGAAUCCUACGCGGUCCUUCGAGACACGAUUUUCUCUCCGCUGGAGUCUGCCAUGUUGGACAGCGCUGUUAGCUCCAGAAUAGCGCUGCUUAACUUCUAUUCAGCAUUGAUCACCGAAUGGGGCGUCAGGCUCCGAAUGCAACCAUCGAUUUCAGCGGAAUCGUUUCCCUCGAGCAAAGUCAUCGAACACGCAGAGCUGCUAGCUUCCUCACUUCAAGAGCUUGUACCUGCCGCUGAAGGAAGCGACAAACACGCCUCGCCGAUAAUAUUGUCAGUUUUACAAUUCUACCAGUCUCUCGCGAAUCUAUACUCUCAUGCAGCUAUGAACGCCAGUAUUCGACUGACAGUCCCCCUUUCCCCAUCGGUCUAUUCCAUUGCUUUUACGCCAAGCAUUUCCGUGAUUUCAGCUCUCCAUUCAAUAUUGGCCAGCUACAAGUCCUCGUUCGAGGCAUCUCUUACAUCCGAUGUGAUCAAGCCACAAAACCCUCCCGAGCCACUUUAUCGAACUGAACUGGUGAAUCAAUUCAAUGGCUACGUCAUGGACAUGUGCAACCUGGUUUGGCGGAAUCGAGCUCUGAAUACAGAGGACCCAAAUGCACAAGGAUGCCUUGUACCGGCAUCGAGCACCACUGCCCUCACAGAGUACGUUCGCAGCGUGAACGAGGCUGCUCGGCACUAUGACCGCGAGAGUGCCUUCAGUGUUACUCUGGCUUCGAUAUUCUCUCUUAGUCACCAUGCUGCGUUUGCUAAUCUGUCAGCCGCAUGCUUUGCUGAAGUGGAGGAGGACCAAAACAUCGCGGAUCACCGUCCGAGGCUGAGAAAGCCGGCUACACAAAAGGCAUUGCAAGCUUUGGAGAAGGAUGGUGGCGCCAAAAUUACUUGGCAGGAAUACCGGGUCCACAUGUUGGACUGGUUGGACGGCUUGGGGAGUCGAGGGACCAGCAAACUGAUGAGGAGUACUAUGAAGGCUUUACGGAAAGAAUGA